CUUCAAUGGCAAAACUACUUGCGUGCGCGCUCCCGCUGUGUAGCGACAAGAUGGCGGUCGCCGCCGGAUUAGGCGUUAAAGUCCCUCGCAAUUUCCGGCUCUUGGAAGAGCUGGAGGAAGGCCAGAAAGGUGUGGGAGAUGGAACAGUGAGCUGGGGUCUGGAGGAUGAUGAGGACAUGACCUUAACACGGUGGAGAGGGGUGAUCCUUGGCCCCCCAAGGACAAGCUAUGAAAACAGGAUGUACAAUCUGAAGGUUGAAUGUGGGCCAGAAUACCCAGAGUCACCACCGUUUGUCAGAUUUGUGACAAAGAUAAACUUGAAUGGUGUGCACACCUCCAGCGGUGUGGUUGACAUGCAUGCGGUGACUGCACUGGCCAAGUGGCAGAACUCCUACAGUAUCCGGAUGGUGCUGCUGGAGCUGCGACGGCUCAUGACCUGCAAGGAAAACAUGAAGCUUCCUCAGCCACCUGAGGGCCAGAUCUACAGCAACUGAGCCCCUGCUACUUUUGCCUCCAUCUUUUUCUCCCUUCACCCCCCCCCCCCCCCCCCAACUCUUCUGUUUUGCUUUCAUCCCUUUAUCCCCACCCUCUCCGCCAUAUGUGACAUUCCACCUCCUGCCAACACCUUGACUGAGCACACACACACACACACACACACACACACACACACACACACACACACACACACAGCAGAAGACCUAUACAGCAACAGAUACAUGAAAGCAUACACAUAUACCUGUGUUCACACACUAAGCAGAAGACUGAAGGAUACAAUAAUUGAUAAUCGCAAACGUACACACACCGCAGAAGACUCAAGUACACAAACACAUGCAAACACACACAUAUCUGUACACACACUGCAGAAGACUGAAGGAUACAAUUGAUACUUGCAAACGUACAUAUAUACACACACAUCAGAAGACUGAAGUACACAAUCACAAACAUUCAAACACACACAUAUCUGUACACACACUGCAGAAGACUGAAGGAUACAAUUGAUACUUGCAAAUGUACAUAUACACACACACACAUCAGAAGACUGAAGUACACAAUCACAAACAUUCAAACACACACAUAUCUGCACACACACUGCAGAAGACUGAAGUACACAAUCACAAAUACAUGCAAACACACACACACACACACACACACACACACACACACACACACACAUAUAUCUGUAUACACACACUUAUUGAGCGUUCAUGAAAGUCAUUCCAGGCCCCCUCCCCCUCCCAUCACUGGAGCUCUGGGUGGACUCGAUGUGACGAGGCAGGCGGAGUCCUCAGUCCACACCAGAUACGAUCAUUCGAAUACUGUACAUGUUACUAAUCUUUUUUUAUUAUUAUUUGUUAAAAAAUGCAGAUUGUACAAUAACAUAAAUAAUCUUAUUGAGUGUA